CUAGAGGUCUCUCCUGCAGCAAGUAAGCAUCAUCUACCAUGGGAUCUCAGCGAUGGCUGCUGGCUGUGUGCCUUUACUUGGCCUCAGUGGUCUCAGUGAGUGAAACUGUGACAACAGCAGAAUCUCAGAAAUACACUUGCAGGACAUUCGGCAGCGGUGUCUUCCAGCCUUUUAAUGGUUCGUCUUUCUACGUACGCUCUGACUGCCCCUUCACUUUCAUCCACUUCACCUACAACCGGGUGGAGUGUGACAUCACCAUACAGAGAGGGAAGAAUGGCUUUCUGACUCUGGUUGAGAUCAUCAUCAACAAAGUCAAGACUGUUCUGCAGGAUGGAAGCAUCAUGGUGGAGAAGAACGACAGAAUUUCUCUUCCAUACGAUCAAACUUACCAGCACAUAUUCCAUUAUGGCAUCUACACCAGACUGAAGAGCUCCUUGCUUCCUCUGUCAGUCACCUGGAACAAUGUCAGUGGAGGAAUCGACAGGCUCUGGGUGGAUCUGGAGCAAGAGCUGAGCCCUGACCUGACUGGACUGUGUGCCAAACAAGACUCAGAACGCAAACAGCAGCUGAUUCCAGAUAAUGUCCUUUCUCAGGACACAUGUCAAACUCGAGAUGUCUUUCCUGCUUCCAAUCUACUGUGCAGGGAGUUCUUUUCACAAGCGGUGGAUUGUCUGACAAACGAAAUAAUACAUUACAUCAAACUCUGUGAGAAGAAUGUUUACGGCUUCCAGGACAGCAGCGAUAUUUCCUGCGCUUUCUUCCAAGAGGUUGUCCUGAUGUGUGGAAAAAGCAGCCAUAUUUGGAAUGUAUGGAGAAUUUUAACCAACUGUGCUCCACCAACGUGUCCUGGAGACCUGCUUUAUGUAGAUGUCGGUCCUGCCUUUAUUCCAAGCUGCUCAUACCCAAAUCCCAGGUGCCCCAGCCUAGGGGACACCAGUUCCUGUGUCUGCCCAACGGGAAAGGUGCUGAAUGAUCAUGCAGAUGGAUACCAAUGUGUGAACAUGUCCACGUGCCCCUGUGUGUUCAGGAAUGAGACCUACUUACCAAGAGAUGUACGUGACAGCAGCUGUCAGUCAUGUUUAUGUGAGGAUGGAAGGUGGAAUUGCUCUGAGAACUACUGCUCUAACAGAUGCAUGAUUGAAGGACAGUUUGUAACAACAUACGAUGGAAAACAGUACACCAUUCCUGGCAAAUGCACAUACAUGGCCUCACAGGGUCCUGAUUGGUCUAUAAAAAUAGAAUUUUUUGAUAAGGAAGCUUCUAUUAAAAUCGUAACGUUGCAGGUCCUUCAGGAAAUCUUUACAUUCAUGCAAAAAACAGUAAAACUUGGAGACCAUGAAAUCAAUGUGCUUCAUCAAUCUGAUGUUACUCUAGUUUUCUGGCAAUCCUCGAUGUUUGUUCAAGUGGUUACAUCCUUUGGUUUGAAGAUCCAAGUCCAGGUGUUUCCGGAUAUCCAGCUGUACAUCACACCCCCAACAGCUGGAGCAGACAAGCUCUCAGGUCUUUGUGGCAACAAAAAUGGAGACACUACAGACGACUUCACCACCAGCAGCGGCAUCAUCGAGAACUCGGCCAAACUUUUUGCCUUGUCUUGGAGUUGGGGUUCUUGUUCCGAGAACAUUCCGAAGCCCUGCAUCAGCACAGACAACGAAAUAUUUGCAGAUGAAAAGUGCUCUGCGUUGAGUAAUCCUACUGGAAUAUUUGCUAAAUGUCAUAAUUAUGUCCCAACUGACCAAUACCUCCAAGAAUGCAUCUCAAGGACCUGUAACUGUGGCAACGAUAUGAUGCAAUGUUUCUGCGCUUCUCUUGGAAGUUAUUCCAAAGCCUGUGCCAGUCUGGGUGUUGUAAUGGGUGACUGGAGAACGACUACCAACUGUACUGUCAAGUGCCUAAAGAACCAGGAGUUCUCCUACGAAACUCAGAACUAUAACCGUACGUGCCAUUACCUAUCCACAUUUGAAACUCUCCCCGAGUUAGAAGACAUGCCAGUGGAAGGUUGUGGCUGUCCAGAGGGAACGUACCUGAACUAUGGAAAAAUCUGCACCCCAAAGUCACAGUGUGUGUGUUAUCACAGCGGUGGGAUUGCACCACCAGGACCUGUGGUCAUCAGUGGACAACAGUGCCUGUGUGAGGAUGGAAAGCUGCGCUGCUCCAAGGACUGUGCACCAGGUUGCAGGAACGGGAAGAUUUGUGUUCAGUGUUCAGAGUACCAGAUGAACACGGCUCAGAAAACCUGUGACAGCUUCGGCAAAACUUUGGAAUCUAACAUGACUUGUGACAGCGGCUGUUACUGUCCAGAGGAUGAAUAUGAGGAUCACUAUGGUGAAUGUGUGCCCAGACAAAAGUGCACCUGUGCAUACAGCGGCAAAGUUUUCAGAGCAGGAGAGAGCGUCAAAACCAACUGUAAAACAUGUACUUGUAAUCAGGGCCAGUGGAACUGCAAAGAUGAGCCAUGUGAAGGAAAGUGUCAAGUUUAUGGAAAUGGCCAUUAUCAGACCUUUGACUCUAAAUGGUAUCGCUUUGAUGGACACUGUCAGUAUACUCUAGUAGAGGAUUACUGUGGUAAUCCAGUUGGGACCAUAUCUGUCAGAGUGGAGAACGUUCCUUGCUGUGAUGAGGCACUCACCUGUUCCCGCUCCAUAGUCCUGGACCUGGAGGACAAACUGUCCCUAACGCUGAGUGACAUGAAGGUGACCAGACUUGUCCUGGAUGGUUGGACUGUGGAGGCAGAUUUACUUUACACCACACACACCGUGGGACUUUACAUCGUCAUUUCAGUGCCGAGCAAAGGCCUGACCCUCAUUUGGGACAAGCACACAAGGCUCACUGUAGAACUGCAACCUAACUGGAGGAACAAAGUCUGUGGCCUCUGUGGGAAUUUUGACUCCAAUGAGAUGAACGACAUCCAGAUAAGUGGCUCACCAGUGGCCAGUCCUCUAGCUUUUGGAAACAGCUGGAAGUCCGUUACUCCUCCUUGCUCUGAUGUGACCACAGAGAUGUUUCCCUGUGAACGCAACUCCUACUGUGCCGCCUGGGCCCAGCGGCGCUGUAUGAUCCUUACAGGCGACACGUUCAAGGACUGUCACUUAUCGGUGGACCCAGAGCCCUACUACCAAGCCUGUGUGCAGGAAUCCUGCUCCUGUGAAUUUGAAGGAAAGUUCCUUGGCUUCUGCACUGCUGUGGCAGCCUACGCUGAGGCCUGCAGUGAGCAAGAUGUCUGUAUAAGCUGGAGGACACCUGAUUUAUGUCCUGUCUACUGUGAUUAUUAUAACAAGAAGGGGGAGUGUACAUGGCACUAUGAAGCCUGUGGACAGAUGCUUACUUGUGGGAGAAUCAACUAUUUCCACAAAAAACUGGAAGGCUGUUAUCCAAGAUGUCCAGAGGAGACGCCAUAUUAUGAUGAGAGUACCGGCAGAUGUACUGAACUGAGAAACUGCUAUUGUUAUUACAAUGACACUAUUGUUCCACCUGGUGGAAAAGUGUUCAUACACUCUGUUUGCACCUGUGAAAAUGGUACUUUUAUUUGCAUACCUGAAUCUCCGAGUAGUACAACAGCGGCCACAACCACCUAUGCACCAACCACCUCAACCCUGGCAACCACCAUUCCCAUAACAACUACACCGUAUCCAAGUACAACCACAGCCACUACACCACUCACCUCAACGACAAUGGCCAUAGAAUUUACUACAGAAGUUACUACCAGCCCCACUGUACCAACAACUACGUCUUAUUCAAGUACGGUAUUCACCACUGCUACAACAAAACCCACAUCAACAACAAGAAGUACUGAAUUUACUACAGAAGUUUCAACUGAAUCUUAUCCCACAUCAACUACCCCAACCAUCAUCACUAACUCGGCAACAACAAGUCCAUUAGUUACAUCUAGAGUACUUGUGCCAACAACUGCGAUAUCCACAACUGAGCAGACCAUGUCUACAACAGCUAAGGUCACAACUUUGUCUGAAACAUCAGCAACAACACAAUACUCUACAACAGCUGUGACGCCGUGUGUCUGCAUUGACCUAAUGAAGCAAAAGUCCUGGUCUUGUGGUGAGACAUGGACAGAGGACUGCUUUCAACAGAGUUGCGUGAAUGGGAAAAUCUAUUUGACACCGGUGAUUUGUUCCGAAACUGUGGCUCCCAUCUGUCCCAGAAAUCAAGUCGUAAAAGUCCGAAGUGGAUGCUGUGAAACGUGGGCAUGCAAUUGUCGCUGUGAAUUAUAUGGAGACCCGCAUUACAUCUCGUUCCAAGGCGUUCCUUUUGACUUCCUGGAUGACUGCACCUACAUUCUAGUGGAGGAGCGGACACCACGUUAUCAUUUCACUAUUGCUGUGGAUACUUUCUACUGUGUGGCAGGCCUCCUAGGUUCCUGUACCAGAGGCAUUUUCCUAACAUAUCAAAACAGUACAGCAUCACUCAGAGUCAACACGCAUACAUAUGCAGUAGAGGCUACUUUCAACAAUAACCCCAUACAGCCACCAUUUGAAAAAGGGGGUUUGAGGUUUCAAACCACAGGAUAUGAAGUCUUCAUCUAUUUUCCAGAGAUCCGAUCUUAUGUUUCCUUGUCUGCAUUUUACACCUUGGUGGUCAACCUUGCCAUGGAGAACUUCUUCAACAACACACAGGGACAGUGUGGUGUGUGUGGUGGAGCGUCGUGCAUCCGUAGAGGAGGACAGAUUGAGGACAAUACCUGCUGUGGAAAGACAGCCUAUGACUGGCUAUACGAUGACCCAUCAAAGCCAGCUUGUUUCUCUGCACCAAGAAAUGUGUCCUGUCAUCCUCCCCCUACUCCUGUGCCUACUGCAACCUCUAGUCCCUCUCCUCCCUGUUCUCCAAGCCCACUGUGUAACCUGUUAAACCAUUUAGUGUUUGCAACUUGCAGAAAAGUUGUGGAUAUGGUUGUUAAAAAGAAGAACUGCGAGUUUGAUUCGUGCACAACCCAAAAUGCUUCGUGCUCUUCCUUAAGUCAAGCUGCAGAGGAAUGUAAAAAUGCUGGUUUCUGUGUUGACUGGAGAGGACUAACUAAUGGCAUCUGUGAUGUUGAAUGUCCAGAAGGAUUGGUUUUCCAUGAAUGUCGAAACCAGCUCGAUGACUUCUGCUACGGAGGAAUUCGUCACCCAGGAUCUGAUCUCACAAAGAGCAGCUCUGGUUGUUUCUGUCCAAGUGGGCUUGUUCGUGCUGGAACAUACUCAAAUACCUGUAUGAAAGAAUGCACUUUUUGCAAAGGACCACUUGGUGAACCGAAACUGCCUGGUGAUGUGUGGGAGUCUGACUGCCACAUCUGUACUUGCAACGUCCAGACCUUGACCGAGGAGUGCAUUCCAAAACCUCGUUUUCCAACACCUGUAUGUGCUCCAGAAACGGUUUUAGUAAACACCACGUGUUGUGGCGAUCCAGUUUGUGUUGAGAAGACUUGCACUUAUAAAGGAAAAACGUACAAAGUGGGAGACAAAUGGAAAGAUGCGACUAAGCCCUGCACAUCAUUCAGAUGCACCACAGAAGGCCUUCAGACUGAGAGGAGAGUCUGUCCCAUAGAAAGCUGUCCCAAGGAGGGCCAAAUUUGGGACGAUGACCACUGCUGUUUUGCCUGCAACCAGACAUGUACACCCAGAAUGGCCACAGUUAACCUCACUAUUGAGAAAUGCUCCACUGUUCUGAACAUUUCUGUGUGCGAUGGCCUCUGUUUUUCCAGUCCCAGGUUCAGGUUCAGCAGCGACAUUAGUGUGGAGCAGGACUGCAGAUGCUGUCAGUAACGGAGCUCAGAGAAAAGAGUUGUUUAUCUGAAUUGUUUGGACCUCAUCACCAGAAAAUAUACUUACAAUCACAUCACCAGCUGUGAGUGCAGACCAUGUAGCUUAGGAGGAAUACAGACACGAUAACUUUCAUUAAAUACAUGUUCUGCAAUUUCAAUAAAUCUGAUUUUUAUAAAUUCA